UACUGAGCCUCCGACGCAGCCCUGCCUAUUAUUUUGCUUGACGUUCUUCCUUCUUGCUCUUGUCAUACAGUUUGGGGAUGGCUUUUUAUGUAGGCAAAUGUUACAACAKAUAGUAAUGAAGGAUAUCUGCAAGAAUUCAAGAUAAAUAAUUUUUCGAACGUUGAUUAUUAUUCGACGGCUACUUUUUCGGAAGUGGUCCAUCGCGAGCAUAAAGAGAAAGGGGGUAACUGUACAUUCGCCGAUGCUCUAUCAGCAAUUGUCAUGUCGUUGUAUUGUUUCUUUUGACGGUUAAUUAUUAAAUAAUCAACUAUGAAAUGCGGGUUGACAAUUAGGCUUAAGUCGUUCAGUGUUUUGCCUUGGGAGUGGUUGGUUUUGCGAGCAUCAUUUGGCACCCCCCCAAAAAAUACAGAUUUCUCAACGACAGACAUCCACCCAUGGUCGUGGUACGCGCAGACUACCUGACCUAUGUUUUUUCUUUUGACAAUUGUUUUUAUUGGAUAUAACAAACUUCUGUGUUCCGGACAUACACCCACAGGCAUCACUGGACAACAUAAUUGCUUUCUAAAAAAUAUUUUUAGUAUAGUAAUGGUGCGAUAGUUAGAAUAAACCCAUUUUGGUUUCAUUUUAUUUCCAAAAUGAAGCACAGCAUUGAUGCCUUUCUUCACAUGAAGAAUCAGCCAAACAUGAAGUGGAUAGCCUAGUAAGUAGGCUAUUCAGACAGUUUUCUAGACAAUUGUCUGUAUCCUUUCGUGUUGGUGCUGCCCUUUUGCAAUGAAAAUGAGUAUUGUUUGAGGAUACAAUUCUGUCUCACUGCUCUCGAACCUGGGGUUGCGGGUAGGAUAGGCGUAUAUUGCCUUUGAACACUGGCUAGGCGGUGGAGCGGCCAAUGUCGACUGUUAUCUUCGGUAGAAUAUAACGUUAAUCCUGUACAUACCUACAUACAAACCAAGUUGGCAUUUAGUCUAAUAGAAAGGAUACCUCAGGGACAAUGUCUUCUCGUGCAGCACUACCUGGGAACGAUCGGAAAUCGGACCUCCAUACCUCUCUCUCGACGAGCCGCUCGGAGAAGAGCACCGGUUGGUCGAGCAGAUCACUCGGAGCACGAUGCCGGAACUCUAUUGCCUCAUGUUCGGACGAGCAGCCGCACAUCGGCAACUACCGUCUGCUCAAGACCAUUGGCAAGGGCAACUUCGCCAAGGUCAAGCUGGCCAGGCACAUCUUGACGGGCAAAGAGGUUGCAAUAAAGAUCAUUGACAAAAACCAGCUCAACCCGACCAGCCUACAGAAGCUUUUCAGAGAGGUACGGAUCAUGAAAGGCCUCAACCACCCAAAUAUCGUGCARCUGUUUGAGGUGAUCGAGACAGAGAAUACGCUCUAUCUGAUAAUGGAGUACGCCAGUGGGGGUGAAGUGUUUGACUACCUCGUGUCCCAUGGGAGAAUGAAAGAGAAAGAGGCGCGGGCCAAAUUCCGUCAGAUUGUGUCUGCUGUACACUACUGUCACCUGAAGAACAUUGUUCACAGGGACCUUAAAGCUGAGAACCUCUUGCUGGAUGCCGACUCCAACAUCAAGAUUGCAGAUUUUGGCUUCAGUAACGAGUUCACCAUGGGCAACAAGCUGGACACGUUCUGUGGCUCCCCUCCCUAUGCUGCUCCRGAGCUGUUCCAGGGGAAGAAGUACGACGGGCCUGAGGUGGACAUCUGGAGCCUGGGGGUCAUCCUCUACACUCUGGUCAGCGGAUCACUGCCCUUCGACGGGCAGAACCUYAAGGAGCUGCGGGAGCGUGUACUGCGGGGGAAGUACCGCGUGCCUUUCUACAUGUCCACCGACUGCGAGGGCAUCCUGCGCAGGUUCCUGGUGCUCAACCCCACCAAACGCUGCACCCUGGAGCAAAUCAUGAACGACAAGUGGAUUAACUCUGGCUACGACGGAGAAGAACUGAAGCCUCAUACAGAGCCCCUGGAGGAUCAUAAUGAUGCCAGCCGCAUCGAGGUGAUGGUGGGGAUGGGUUACACCCGUGACGRCAUCAAAGACGCUCUGACCACUCGGAAGUACAACGAGGUCACCGCCACCUACCUGUUACUGGGACGCAUGAAUGAGGUGGAGGGCAGCGAGUCUCGGUCAACCAGCAGUCUGAGCCUGGCGCGGGUACGGCCCAGCACCGUCAUCAACGGCACCAGUAAACACUCCACCUCCUCCACCACCUCCCGCAGCGCCUCCACCUACCACCCCCGCAGGAGGCACAGCGACUUCUGCGGUCCAGCAGCACCCCCGUCCCACCCCAAGCGUAGCCCCAGCAGCGUGGCGGGGGCAGACAGGGAUCUGAAGGAGGAGGGGGGGCGCAUGGCGUCCCGGAAGGUCAGCAGCAGCGUGGUGGGCAGCCGCUCCAUCCAGCCCCCCUCCAGCCCCAUGGUCAGCAGCGCCAACAACCCCAACAAGUCAGAGAUCCCCGACCGCCGCAAGGAGAUUAUCACGGCCACGAACAACGUCCCAGCAAGUGCCAUGAUCCGCCGGAACACAUACGUGUGCACCACGGACCGGAACAGCACAGACAGGCCCUCCCUGCUGCAGAACGGCAAGGAGAACAGCUCCAUGUCCCACCGGCUGCCCCCGGCCUCACCCUCCACCCACAGCAUUGCUGGGGCCUCGGGGACCUCCUCCUCCGCGGGCUCCCGCCUCACCCGGGGCUCCAGCAUUCGCAGCACCUUCCACGGGGGCCAGCUGAGGGACCGGCGGCCUCCCUCCCACGCCCCCCCCACCUCCCCCACUCUGUCCCACGACGCCAGCCCCCUGCCCCACGCACGUACCCGCGCCACCUCCAACCUGUUCAGCAAGCUCACCUCCAAGCUCACCCGCAGGGUCAAUCUUGACCCCUCUAAGCGUCCAAACUCAAACAAGUCCGUCUCGGGCUGCACUCUUCCGCAGGGAUCAAAAACAGUUAACGAACCUGAGAGAAUCUGCAGAUCUCCGGUCACAAGUCGCCAUCUACCUGGGCAUCAAAAAGCGGCAGAGCCCCGGACCCCCCGAUGCGGCUGGGAUGUGAGGGUGCGGAGCCCGCGGGACCCGGCGGAGGUGGUGCUGGCGCUGCGCGAGGCGGCCCAGGGCUGCGGCUGCCAGGUCCACCUGGCUGGGCCCUUCCUGCUCUCCUGCACCCACGGGGCGGCCGGCUCACGUGUGGCCUUCGAGGCUGAGGUGUGCCAGCUGCCCGCCGGUCCCGCCGAGACCAGCGGCGUGCGCUUCAAACGCCUGUGGGGGGCACCGCUCGCCUUCCGGGAUAUCGCCACAAAAGUGUCCAAGGAUCUGGAGCUCUGAGGGCAACAGGGGGUGGGGCAGAGGGCUUCUACACUGGACAGACUGACCGAGGGGGCGGGAGAAGGAGACAGGCUGAACCCGCUACCCCCACUGCCAACCUCGCCUCACCCCCGCCAAAGACCCGCUUCUGGUGCCACACGGACACGCAGGCGCACCGGCACGGACGGCCCGGCCCCGCCACUCACAGACCUAUGACCUAUGAACCCUGCUAAGGCACCUCAAUAUUAUGUGAAUCUAGGGAGUCAAGCAGUUAUUUUUUAAUUCCAUAUUUGCAUAUUAAGAUAUUUUUUGUCAAUGUCGUUAUGAUUAUAUUAUAUUUGUUGUCAUUCCUUUUUAACAGCUGCUAUUUAAAAGGUUUUUAAUUUCAUGUUUUUCUUUUUUUCACUUCAAUGAGCAGUUGACAGACUGAAUGCAUAUUUAAGAAACAAGGGGCCAGCCCUCUCCUAGACAGAACUCCAGGCUAUAGAGCAGGGGUGUCAAACUCAUUUUGCCCUGGACCCCACAUUCGUUCUUCAACAAGGUCCGGACGGCAACACUGAAAAUGUUAUAUUUCCUUGCCGUCAAUAUUUGCCAAAAAUAGCCUAUCCAUAAUUUUUUGCAUUUUUGAUGCUCCCUAACUGUCUAGCUUUCAUUUCAGUGAUUAUUAACAAUCUGGACACAAUCAAUAAACUGUAUGAAUGUA